AUAUAAUGCUCUUAAAACUGAACGCACAAGUAAUCCCCGGUGCCCUCGUAACGACUGGGAGGGGAGGGCUGCGUGCGGGAAGGGGGAAGAAGAAGAGGAAGAAGAGGAAGAGGGGAGCGGGGCCAGGUCGUAGCCGGGCAGGGACCAGCACCUGGCUGGGAGCCCUGGGGAAGCCGCCGCACUGUCGCCUGCUGGCCCAGCCGCCCGCUGGCUGGUGACAGAGCCCAGUCUGCCCGGGGAAGCCGAGCCUUGUGCACCGCAGAGCGGCACGGCACGGCACGGCUCCGCUCCGGCCGCACCGCCCUGCCAGCGCCCCCUCCCUCCCUCAUCCCCUCCCUCAUCCAUCCCCUCAUCCAUCCUCCCCCCGGCUCAGGAGGGCGGGCGGCGGCCACGGCAGUGCCGGCAGUGCGUCCCUCCCCGGGGAGCCCCGCAGGAGGAGGAGCAGGGCAGGGGCAGCGCCCCGCGCCCCGCCAGGGUUCACCUCCAUCGGUGAUGCUGCCAGCGCUGCCGCGUCCACCCCCGUUCCCGGAGGGCGCGGCCGGGCUUUCCUGAGGUAAUUCUCUAAUGGACCAAUGAAAGCCAACGAUGACAAGUUGUGGUCAACAGUCCUUGAAUGUGCUGAUGGUUCUGCUCUCAUUACUCCUGUCAGCAGUGUUGUCCGCGCAUUUCCGGGUCUGCGAGCCCUACACGGACUACAAAGGUCGCUACCACUUCGGUUUUCACUGCCCCCGUCUUUCUGACAACAAAUCUUACAUCUUUUGCUGUCACCAUAACAACACAGUGUUCAAAUAUUGCUGCAAUGAGACAGAAUUUCAGACUGUUAUGCAGAUGAACUUAACGGGGAAUGCAGAUGGAUAUAUGCAUAACAACUACAGCGCGCUGUUGGGAGUGUGGAUCUAUGGCUUUUUUGUGGUGAUCCUACUGAUCCUGGACCUUUUAUAUUACUCCUCAAUGAACUAUGAUAUUUGCAAAUUCUACCUGGCCCGCUGGGGAAUCCAGGGGAGGUGGAUGACACAGGGACAGAGCCGAUGGAUUAACCCUGCUCAGGACCCAAGACAGACACAGCCUCAGCCAGAGACACAGCCUCAAACUCAGCCCCAGCCUCGGACAUCACAGACAGUACACACUUUAAAAGGAGAUGCUUUAAGCCCACCCCUGGUGUCUUUUCAGAGUUCAUCUGCCUGAAAAUUACAUUGAUGUGCCUCAAGAUGGGAGAGGUAGGACCAGACUUCAAGGAGCAGCUUUCAAGAAAAUCAACUCAGUUACAAGAGCUGAAAAAAUUACGGAUAAGCAGGAGAGAGAAGGACUACAAGAGGAAGACUGAGCAAGUCACCUGAAGACAGACACCAUUCAAACAACUUCUACAGGCAAAUGAUACAGGAAGAGUCUCCAGGAGAAAGUAGUCUGUAAGCAAUAUUUUAAUUCUAGACUGACACUAUUAUCUCUGAAAGGAAGCACCAUAUUUGUGAAAAUGCUCAGUAGGAGGAAAAUUAAGUUGCUCUAGCAAAUCCAAACAAAGUUGGAAAACGACCACAAGACAAACCUUUGGUAGAUAACUUUUCUUUGCCUCCCCAUCCAUCAAUUGCCAUUUGAGCCUAAUCUCAGCCUAAGUGUCAGAAUCCUGAAUGUGAGUUUUUCCAAAGUUCUCUGGUGAACAUUUUGUCACAAUAGGGUAGAUGCUGGCAAUCCACAUCACUGUUAUUCAUGUUGUCCUGUGCAUUGCAAAGGUAAGCAGAGCCCUUUCAUUGAGUCAGACUGCAGGGUAGCAAUCCCUUCAACCAUAAUGCACAUCUUGAGAUCACUGGCAAUGAUUCUGCUAAGACAUCCGAGCCCAUCUUAAAUUCAGGUUCUUGAAGAGGGCAACUUUAUUAGGAUGCGACAUCAUUCCACCCCCAUACUCCUUGAAGCUGAAAAAGAGACAGAAAAAACCCCCACAAACUGUGUGUUUCAAAAGCAAUAAUACCACUGUCCCCUUGCUUUACAAGGCAAUAGUCCAGUUCCCUCAGUGUGACUGGCUGCAGGGUUUACCCCACACAAGUCUCAGAAUCCAUUUGAAAGCCAGAGAGGGAAUGGCUCUGCCACAGCAGCAUGUGGAGCCCUUGAUCACUGGGGUGCAAUAGGUUGACAUAACUUUCCACAGGACAGGGUUGUUUUAAAAUCAUACAGUGUCAAUCUCAUGAGCAAAUCCUGUGAAAUUCAGGUAUUUAAGAUAUUUGCAGGGAGAGCCUGGCAGUGACAGCCAAAGUGAGAGGAGUUCACCUGGAAAUCAUAACACAAAGCCACGAUAAUGCCAAUGUAAUCCUUCAUGUCUAAUAUUUUGUCCUGCAAAUCUCAGUAACUUUAAAAUACCCAUACAUUUUACCAGGUAAGCACAACAUGAGGAACACCUUGUUAAUGAAUAUGUAAAUGUUCCUUUUGUACCUCUUUGGCUGAAUGAAUUUUAGUCUUCUGUUGAACUCAAAGGGGACCCUCUUCUCAGUGAUUUGAGUUAGUUCACGGCUACUGGAGUUCAGGAUGGUACAUGACUAAAACCAUGAAGGAAUAAAUAGUGCUGGAGGAUCCAACAGGGCUGGAAACCACAGGAGUGGAAGCCCAGUGUUCAAAUAAACCCAAUCUGACUAGCACACCAACAUGCACAUGCCCCCUUUUUUUUUUUUUCUGUAAACUAACUAAACAUGCUGGCUAUCACUGAGUAAGGGCAGACAGUGCCUAAAAGAAUAAAUUCACAGUGUCAGUGCCACCCUGCAGGCAUUAAACCCCAUCCUGUCCUAGGAAAGCCUGAAGCCUGUCCCACUUUCAUCACAGAAGCUCCUGCACACCCCCUCAGCUUGCAGAGGCCUAAGGGAGCUGCCACAGUGCCCCUGAGGUGUUACACCUGGGCCACACCUCAAGAACUCUCCAAGAAAAGCAAAGGAAGCUGAGUAGCUGGAGGUGAUGCCAUCCAUCAUGCCUCCCCCACACUUCCUUGUUGGCUCCAAGAUCCAUAACCCCUGCAGACACCCAAAAAAAUAUCCACAGUAACCAGUGUGCCACUCUGCACAAACUGCUUGGUCCUUUUACCUUCUCCCAGCACCCACUUUCAUUGUGAGGAGAUAACUGCCACAGAGAGCUUUGGAAAAAGCUUAUGUUCAUAAAGGAAUUUGUAUUAGAUACUGGUUUGUGUGACUUACUGUAUUUUGUAAGGGUUUUUUUCCCUUUGGGAAUUGUGCGUUAUUAAUGAGCAGUUUUAUGCUUUACUUCUAGUACAUGUAUACCUUGUAAUGGAUGUGCUUUUUGUUUGUUUGUUUUCUUUUAUUCUCUAUACAGAGCCAGUUAAUAUUAGAUACCCUCUGGCUGAAAUUCUGAUUUUGCCAACCAAUUAAUUUAUGGAUAAAUCCAUGUUGUAGCUGGUGAACAAUUUUUCAUCAAUUGUGUUGUUAUAAUCACCUGAUAGUCUCUCUACUUUGGCAGAAUAAAAGAUCCUGGAUAAGACUAAUCUUAAUUGGGCCUUAAAUUAAAGGGAAAUAGUGCCCUACGUAUUUCCCUACCACCAUUUCUAUCAGCCCUUCUUCCUUGGUGUUGGGACAUUGGAAAAGAGCACUGGCUACACAAACAGCCACCUGAACACCUCUGUAGCUGUGCUCUGAUAUCCCCCUGCAUUUACUUAAUCAAAACUAUGGUGGACCAGAUAAAUUGCAAUGAACUUUUCAGUUAUUUCUGCACAGAGAUCGGUUCAAAUGCAAUCCUUCUCCAAAAGAAAUGAUCUGGACUAAAAUAAUUGUAUUUUCCUCUAUGUCCAUCCUGGUAUGUUUGUAAAAACAAGGGGUCUGAAAUUAACACUUACAAAAGUGCAUACAUUACACCCCCUAUGUGACAAUGGCAGCUAUCUCAGUGGCUGUUUGUGACCUUCCUGCUCCAGAAGCCUCUUCCCCUGUCCAAAUCAUUUCCUCUCUUCUGUUUCACUGAGAACUGUGUCCAACUUCUUAGUAAUUGCUGUGUGUAAUGUAGGACAUAAAAAGAUAAGUUAUAAAGCUUGCGCAGGACUUGGUGUUGUAAUUUAACCAUCUUUCGUGCCUGGUUAUGGAUUUCACAAAAAACAGAGUGAAAAUAAUCUGGCCUCUUAAUGUAUAAUUCAGCAUAUUGUAGCAGCUAUUUUAGACACCUGUUUUUUACAGUUUACCACAGCUGUGAUUUCUGUAUGAGGACUGUCCACUUGAAGAAGAGGUGAAGUUCACACAUCAGAACGAUUUUCUAAAGUCAGUUCUAUUCCACCGCCUGUGACUGUGUAUGGAAAGUAAAGCAACAAAAACAAAACCUCAACCACUGGCUGGCAAGAAACACCUUUUUUCAGCCUCAGAAGUUCUCUUCUGUCAGACAGGCAUUUCUUCUAGUCCUCCUUUUACAAAAGUAGUAAAUUACUAAGAAGAUAAUAUAUAUACAGUACAAUAGGCUACUUUGAUAGUCAGCAGACUAUUUUAGGCUAAUUAAGCUAACUAGAAAUUCUAGGGUUGCAGUGAUUUCUCUUUACUGAUACAUUGAUGAUAAUACUGUUUACAAAACACUUGAUGUUUGAAAUCAAUACGUGCCAGUGUCCAGUGAUUUGCUAAUCUAGUUUCUGGUCUAAUCCUGUCCUAUUUUUUGCAGCAUUCUCUGACUUCCUAUUAUGAAUCAUGUUGUCUUUCUAAAGUGAUUGCCAAGUAAACCAAAAAUGUGUUUUACACUGCUAUUGCACUGCUCUCGUCUUUAUAUACGGUAGUUUUUAUAAAGAUGUCCUUAGGUUUUAAUAAAUGAGUGUAACGUAAACCAAUCUCUGUAAUAAAACUUGCUUUAGUGUUUCAAAGCCUGUCUGGAUUAGCUGCAGAGAUUUGAGCUUCCGAGUGUUUCAGUAGCUUCAAAAUUCGUGUCUUCCUUUCCAUGUGCAGGAAAUCCCCAGAACUCCACAGUCUGUACAAGGGUGAAAUGAAGGGAGCGUAUUUAACCCAGAGAAUGGAUCCCCAAGAAGCCAAACCACCCCACAAAAAAAAAAAAAACAA